CUUUCGACAAGUGGAACAGAAAAUACUUUUGACCUAAAAAAAAAAAAUAAAGAGAGACUAGACUACUCUGCGACCGAGUAUCUUCUUCUUCUUCUUCUUCUUCUCCAGAUAGAGAUAGAGAGAGAGAAGCAGAAGAGACUAGAGUCGUGAUUCUGAUCCUAGAUCGGUUCGAUUAGUAACGGCGAUGGCGACUUCUUCUAGCUCGGAGCGAGUCCCGAGAACACCGGCUGCUACUGCUACCAGAUUAGCGAUUACGCCAGGGUCUAGGGUUUUGAAAAGCCCUCUCAGUGAAGAAAUCAUGUGGAAGCGUCUCAAGGAAGCUGGAUUCGACGAACAAUCCAUCAAAAACAGGGAUAAAGCCUCCUUAAUCGCCUAUAUCGCCAAGCUCGAAUCUGAGGUGUAUGAUUAUCAGCACAACAUGGGCCUUCUAAUCAUGGAGAAAGACGACUUGUCCUCCAAGUACGAGGAGGUUAAGUCCUCUGUGGAUGAAGCCGAGUUAGCACACAGGAGAGACCUAUCUGCGUAUGUCUCCGCCUUGGCUGAAGCCAAGAAACGAGAGGAGAGUUUGAAGAAGGAUGUUGGGGUUGCUAAAGAGUGUAUCUCUAGUUUGGAGAAGACUGUGCAUGAGAUUCGUGCAGAAUGUGCGGAGACGAAAGUUUCGGCUGAGAGUAAAUUGUCUGAAGGUCAUAGUAUGAUUGAGGAUGCUCUCAAGAAAUUUGCAGAUGCUGAAGCAAAAAUGCGCGCAGCUGAGGCUUUACAAGCAGAAGCUAACCGGUAUCACCGGAUUGCAGAGAGAAAACUGAAGGAAGUUGAGAGCCGUGAAGAUGAUCUUGCUCGGCGUCUUGCAUCUUUCAAGUCUGAGUCUGAAACAAGAGAGAGCGAGAUCGUUAUUGAGCGACAGACUUUAAGUGAGAGACGAAAGAGCUUGCAGCAGGAGCAUGAAAGAUUACUGGACGCACAAGCUUCACUAAACCAGCGAGAAGAUCACAUUUUUAACAGAUCCCAAGAACUGGCUGAGCUUGAAAAGAAGCUGGCAUCUGCAAAGAGCACAUUUGAGGAGGAACGUAUAGCCUUUGAGGAUAGAAAAUCCAAUUUGGAGAUCGAGUUAGCUUCGCUUGCUAAAAGAGAAGAGGCUGUCUACGAAAGGGAGUCUUCACUACUUAAGAAAGAGCAAGAGCUGCUUGUUGCUGAAGAAAAAAUCGCCACCAAGGAAUCCGAGCUGAUUCAGAAGGUCUUAGCGAACCAAGAGGUUAUCCUGAGGAAAAGAAAAUCCGAUGUGGAAGCUGAGUUGGAAAGCAAGUACAAAGCUGUGGAAGAUGAAAUCGAGAGCAAGAGACGGGCUUGGGAACUAAGAGAGGUUGAUAUCAGGCAGAGGGAAGACCUAGUUGUUGAAAAGGAGCAUGACUUGGAAGUUCAGUCAAGAGCAUUGGCAGAGAAAGAAAAGGACAUAACAGAGAGGUCUUAUAAUCUCGACGAGAAAGAGAAGCGUUUGAACGCUACAGAGGAAGAUAAUAACCGUAAGACAACUCUGCUGGAGAGUGAGAAGGAAAGGCUAAGAAAAUUAGACUUGGAUUUGAAGCAAUCUUUGAUAUCGCUGGAAGAGAAGAGAAAACGCGUUGACUCAGCAACAGAAAAACUCGAAGCGUUGAAGAGCGAGACGAGCGAAUUAUCCAUUCUGGAGCUGAACCUCAAGGAGGAGUUGGAUGAUCUGAGGGGUCAAAAGCAUGAACUGCUGGUCGAAGCAGAUAGAUUGAAGGUGGAGAAAGCUAAAUUUGAAGCUGAGUGGGAACACAUUGAUGUGAAAAGGGAAGAGUUGAGAAAAGAAGCGGAGUACAUAACUCGUCAAAGGGAGGCUUUCUCAAUGUAUCUCAAGGACGAGCGUGAUAACAUCAGGGAGGAAAGGGAUGCGUUGAGGAACCAGCACAAAAACGAUGUGGAGGCGCUUAACCGAGAGCGUGAAGAGUUCAUGAAUAAAAUGGUGGAGGAGCAUUCAGAGUGGCUUAGCAAGAUACAGCGUGAACGUGCCGACUUCUUGUUGGGUAUCGAGAUGCAGAAACGAGAGCUGGAGUAUUGUAUUGAAAACAAACGAGAAGAGUUGGAGAAUGCUUCGAGGGAGAGAGAGAAGGCUUUUGAGCAAGAGAAGAAGUUGGAAGAGGAGCGUAUACAGUCCCUCAAGGAAUCAGCAAAGAAAGAAUUUGAACAUGUCCAAGUGGAGCUGAAGAGGUUGGAUGCCGAGAGACUGGAGAUCAAUCUGGACCGUGAAAGGAGGGAGAGAGAGUGGGCUGAGUUGAAGGAUUCGGUUGAGGAGCUAAAGGUUCAAAGAGAGAAACUAGAGAAGCAAAGGCAUAUGCUUCGAUCUGAAAGAGAAGAAAUCCGACACGAGAUUGAAGAACUGAAGAAGUUGGAGAAUCUGAAAGUUGCGUUAGAUGAUAUGUCUAUGGCUAAAAUGCAGCUGUCCAAUUUAGAGCGUAGCUGGGAGAAGGUUUCUGCUAUGAAGCAGAAGGUGGAGUUGCAAAAUGGAGUCAGCACUGUGAGUAACAGCGACGAUGGUUAUAACAACUCUUCGAUGGAAAGACAAAACGGCGCAAGCCCUUCGUCCGCAGCUCCGUUAUCAUGGAUAAAACGAUACACUAAUCGGAUAUUCAAGACUUCUCCAGAGUCUCCAGAGAAAUCACCCCCAAUGCAUGAAGACGAAAGAGGAUUGCCUUCAGAAAAGGUGAAGUUAGAGUCAUCGAAAAGAGAAGAAAAGGCUUACACCGAGGGGUUGUCUAUAGCAGUUGAAAGACUUGAAGCCGGAAGGAAGCGAAGAGGUAACGCAUCUGAUGGACCAAGCAGUAACAAGAAGAGGAAACAUGAUGAUACCCAAAAAUCUCCUGAUGCUGAUCCCGAGAGUGUAAUCUCAAGCCCUCGAAAUGUUCCUGAGGACAAACAUGAACUGCCACCAAGCCAAACCGAGACACCAAGUGGAAUGGUAGUCAUUAGUGAAACCGUGAAGGUCACAACAGUAACGUGUGAGACGGAGGUCAUCAACAAAGUGACAAACAUUGAUUGCUCUGAAGCAGGAACAAAGAUGGUAGAGGAGGAGAAGAAACAAGGUAGUGAUUGCAAUCAGGCCUCUGAAACAGUGACUCGGAAAGAAGCUGAAUCUGAUAAGAGAGAGGAGAAGGAUUCUGAGGAUGGUGGUAUUGUAACAUGAAUCAGAUUGAGGAAUGAUUGAUAACCAUUUUAGGAAGAAGACAUAGGCAUAUAAGGAACUCUAUGGAUCCUUUUUGGUUUGUUUUUAGAAAAGAUUUGAGUAUGUAAAUGGAUUUGAUUGGUUUUUAAAAACUCUGUUGAAGUGAGUAGAGUGUUGGUAUGUAAAGUAGAUAGGAAGAGGGAGUAUGAUUUGUUGGUUUCUCGUGUGCUGCAUCGUGUGUCUGAGAACAUCAUAUGUCUUUCAAGACGGUUGAAUUCAGUUUCAGUGUUUUCAUUUGUUUGGUC